AGCGUGGACCGGCGGUAGCUUCGUCGCCUGGGGUUGAACGGGAGGGAGCUGUUGGCGGGUUGGCGUGGCAGAUACCUGAUGAAGAAAAGGACGAAUACUUGCUUCUGGAGUGCAAUCGUGGUGUUCAGAGGCUUUCCCACGAGAGCGUUUUAACGGGGAGCAAGCUUCGUGCUACGCAUAGUUUAUGGAGUUGCCAACUUCACACAAACGCAUAGCGCUGAGCUAACACCAAACACCCCCCAUUAGAACCUAUACAGUAUGUGAAACCUACCGUGUUUGGGGUUGUACAACAUAUUGCGCUUCAUGCUGUUAAAUUUUGGUCUACAGUGCUGUGGGGAGGUAACCUGCCUGAUUAAUUUAUGAUUCACUAUAAUGGUCAAAAUGAUUAUACCUGUGAGAUGCUUCACUUGUGGUAAAAUAGUUGGAAAUAAAUGGGAGGCAUAUCUUGGCCUUUUGCAAGCAGAAUAUACAGAAGGUGAUGCCUUGGAUGCUUUGGGUCUGAAAAGAUACUGUUGUCGCAGAAUGCUGCUUGCCCACGUAGACCUGAUUGAAAAGCUCCUGAACUAUGCCCCACUGGAGAAAUAAAUAUGAAGAAUUUAUGGUGCUGCAUGUACAUGAACCAAAGUUUUUACAGUUCUCAGGCGAAACUGCUGGGAUUAGAAAUCAGAUUGGUAAUCUGUGGGAAAUUCCUUAGCCACUUAGCAUCACCCCCAAAAAAUGACUUAAUGAAUUCCACCUAGACAGUUGGGGAUUGUGCUUUUAAUUACAUCAGGGAUUUUGUCAGUUUCUAAGUAUAUUAGAGUCUUUUCUAUUUUCAAAUAUGGCAGUUUGAAAAAGAAAACAAAUGUUGAAUUACAGUCAGCAGUUGUAAUGAAGUUUUAUUAAAAAUAUUUUGGUUAAA